AUGGCACUAAAAGCCGAACAAAAUUGGGAGGGCCUAGCAAUGCAGGCCGAUGAAGACGUCGCUGCCCUGCCGGCAAUUCUGCCGGAAGAAUCGGACGAAGACCUCGAGAAAUGGAGAAAGAUCAUCCAUCUCUACAAAGCCCAGCACGUCGUCUAUGACAAAGACGCCGACCAAUGGGCGCCAAAACGGGCGGUCAAGCGGAGUGCCUCCGAGCCAGCACCAGGUCCGUCCGAGGGGGCUCCUGGUUCCUCCAGUGCUCUACCACAGACUGGUACGAGCAGAGAUAUACGCCGGUUACCUUUGGCAAUACAGGAACAAUCAUUCCUGGCAGGCAAUUUCCGGGCAGAGGAGACGCCAAUCGUGCAAGGUCUUGUCAGCUCGCAACGGCGAGGACUUCGGUCCGAUUCGACCAAACCCGGCGCCCUGAAGCGAAAGCAUGAGCUUCUCGAGGAUGAGUCGGACACCAUGAGCAAACGACAAGAGGUGGUGGAUCCUCGGCUGGACGUCGCCACAAGGGAGGACGAGGGCAACGCGGCCAUCAACGAGGCAUUGAGCGCCCAUGCCGAGCUAGCUGCGGUGGACCCCCAGAAAGCUGGGGCAAUACUGAAAAGGUUCAAGGACGACUGCAAGAGGGGCCUUGGUGUCUAUCAACAUCAGCAGACAAAGGCAGCAGCGAAGGAGAGGAGGGAGAGGGCGACAUCAGAGAGGCCGGCAUAA